CGUUUGUAGAGCGAACACUCACUCUACUGGCGCACGUCCGACUCGAGUUGUAAUCCAUCAAGACAGUCUGCCGCUGGCCCUCUCGAACAUCACAUCGCGCGCGCCUGGUGCCUGGAUUUCCGGCACCAUACUGCUAUUGCGAGUGCUCUGAAGCUAGCACGCCAGCCGACACACCCACGCUCGGUCUUGCCGUCACAGAGCAGGCGUCAUGGGCAACUGUUUCUCGUCCACAGAGGAGAAGGAGGCAAAGGAGAGGAGUACCAACAUCGACAAGCAGAUCGAAGAGGAUAGCAGAAAGUUCAAGAAGGAAUGCAAGAUCUUGUUGCUGGGUGAGUCUUGCUGCUUGGGCGCUGCUUUGAGAGUCGGUAGGAGAGCCCGGACUUGGAUCAUAGCCCAGACUUUAGAUGGGCGCAUGAAGGAGAGGAGGGCUUGGCGCUGUUCGAUAGCUGCAGACUGUCCAACUCCACGCAUGCAUCCGGGGCGGGAGGUUGAGUGCGGGUGCAGCCGUCGGAUGGCUCCCAGCACCACGAUUCGCGAAGUGCUCAUGCCACGAUUGCCUUCCACCUCACUCCCAGGUGCGGGAGAGUCGGGCAAGUCGACGGUGGUGAAACAGAUGAAGAUCAUCCAUCAAAACGGAUACACACCGGAAGAGUUGAUGUUGUACAGAUUAACAGUCAUCAAGAACUUGGUGGACAGCGCGCAGGCGAUAGUCCUAGCGCUGCGCAAGUUCAAGCUCGAACCUGAGGUGCCUGACAACAGGGAAUCGGCAGAGCUAAUUUUGCAAUACCGGGUGGAUGCGGACCCCAACACAUCUCUGGAGCCAGCGAUGGCAAAGGCUGUGGAGGCCUUGUGGGCAGAUCCGAUCGUAGCUACCGUAGUGGACCGAAGCAGCGAAUUUUACCUCAUGGACAGCGCGCCAUAUUUCUUCAACAAUGUAUCACGGAUAGCAUCGCCCGACUACAUCCCGAACGAGGACGACGUGCUGAGAGCGCGGUCAAAGACGACGGGCAUCACAGAGACGCGCUUCAACAUGGGACAAUUGUCCAUUCAUCUCUUCGACGUUGGAGGGCAAAGAUCAGAACGGAAAAAAUGGAUCCACUGCUUCGAAGCAGUGACCUCCAUCAUCUUUUGCGUCGCGCUGAGCGAGUAUGAUCAGGUGCUGUUGGAGGAGAGCGGACAAAAUAGGAUGGCGGAAAGUCUGGUCCUGUUCGAGAGUGUCGUCAACUCCCGGUGGUUCUUGAGGACAUCGAUCAUCCUUUUCUUGAACAAGAUCGACAUCUUCAAGCAGAAAAUACCUCGGCAACCUCUUGCCAACUUCUUUCCGGAAUAUAGCGGAGGUGCAGACGUGAACAAGGCGGCAAAAUACAUCCUUUGGAGGUUUACGCAGACAAAUAGGGCGAGGCUCAGCAUAUACCCCCACUUGACUCAAGCUACCGAUACCUCCAACGUCCGGCUCGUCUUUGCAGCAGUCAAGGAAACUAUCCUGCAAAACGCCUUGUCUGCUUCGGGCAUUUUGUAGCUUGCCAAGUGAUGCGAGCAGUCUUCCAAGCACGCAGACUGAUUCUCCGCGGUGCAUGCACCGAGUCUGAAACUCAGUGGAAAGCAUUGGAACUAUGUGGUCUACUAUCGGAGCCGGGCCUGCAGUCCCAUUUCUUUCCUCUAUAUAGUUGAGCGAAGGCGCUGGUGCUCACGAUUGCAAGCCUUGACGACGACGACGACGACUAGAAAGGUCGAGCGCCGAAGGGUAUAAGGGGACUUGGCGUUUCAGCUCGGACCGCUGACAAGUAUUGCAUGUGCUACAAGGCGCGGGCUUACACGCAGCGGG